AGGGCCCCACCUCCACCAGGUGUGGCUCCGCCUCCGCGUCUCCCGUUUCUCGGCAACCGGUUGCCUGGACGACGCAAGACGCUGAGCCCGACCAGCAGCGUGCAGGCAACCUAGACCCCAGCCAGAGCCAUGUCGCAGAAACCGAUGAGCAUAGCGGAGGCCGAGCGCAUGAACCUCGUGGCCCAGGACAAGAUCUGGAGAUACCGCCUGAAGGCUGAGAGCGAAGCACAGCAAAACUGGGCCCAGAACUGGGGAUUUUUAACAACCCCUCUCGAGGAGUUGAUCGAGUGUGAAGAGGAAACCCCCACCCCAAAACCCAAGAUCCAACUGCCCCCCAGGUUCCACAUCCGGGCGGUGACCCCCGUGGAGAAAUAUAUCAAGGUCCUUCCCUCGCCCCCGGUUCCGAAGACGACCCAAGGCUUCAUCGGCUGGCGGUCCGGGGUGCCGGGCCUGAACAAAUGCCUGGAGUAUGGAGCAGAGAGCAAAAGCUGCUUGGGCACGUUUGCCAACGAGCUCGGCUGGCCCAAGCAGGGCAUCCACUGAGUCCCACCGGGACGGCCGCGGGGCAGCGCAGGGGGACCCCAGGCUCCAGCCCUCGCCCAGGAGAGAAAGCUCCCUCCAAGUGGGAUGUUGCAAAGAACACAGAAUGGCCCUCUGGUAUUGUCAAUCCGUCAAUACCGCCCUUCCGGAACAUUCUCCUAACACUCCUCCUUGGCCACCACAGUAAAUAAGGCAGCAUUGGUUCUCUGAACUUUCUUUGGAUGCCUUGGGAAUGUGAAGGUAUGGCUUUUGGAAAUAACAUGAGUUGAUGUUGAAGGGUUUGUCCAGGCCCUUUAAUGCUGCUUCCAGCCCAUCACUCGGCUGUCUGUAAUGAGACUGUGGACUGGGCGCGCCGGCCUGUCCUCAGGAGGGGUGACGCUCCUGUCCCGGGAGAUCCACAAUGCCAACAGCCCCUGGGGGAGCGGAGGGCUCUAGAACAGGAGAUUCCC